AUGCUCCGCCGCAGCUACGUGUUCCAGGCCCGCCAGGAGCAGUACGAGCGCGCCGCGGAGCGCGCGGGCCCCGCCGCCCCGGGCCGGGAGCCGGCGGCCGGGCUGGCGGCGCUGCAGGGUCUGGGCGAGCGCGUGGCCGCCCACAUCCAGCGGGCCCGCGCGCUCGAGCAGCGCCACGCCGGCCUCCGGCGGCAGCUGGACGCCUUCCAGCGCCUGGGCGAGCUGGCCGGGCCCGAGGACGCCCUGGCCCGCCACGCCGAGGCCAACCGACAGCGCGCCCGGGACCUGGCUGCGGAGCGCGCGCGGCUGGAGCGCCAGGGCGCCGAGGCGCAGCGCACGCUCGACGAGUUCCGGACCAAGUAUGAAAAUGAGUGUGAAUGUCAACUCGUGCUAAAAGAAAUGCUUGAACGGCUUAACAAGGAAGCUGAUGAAGCCUUGUUGCAUAAUUUGCGCCUUCAGCUGGAAGCCCAGUUUCUGCAGGCCGAUGUCAGUGCAGCCAAGGACAGGUACAAGAAGAAUCUUCUAGAAAUUCAGACCUACAUCAGCGUUCUGCAGCAGAUCAUCCAGACUGCUCCUCAAGUAUCAGCAGUGACGGGUGGGAUGAGGGAGGAGAAGCUGCUGACAGAACGGGAAGUGGCCGCCCUGCAGAGUCAGCUGGACGAGGGCCAGGAGGCGCUCACCCACUUGCAGGCACAGAAAGCGGAGCUGCAGGCCCAGACAACAGCCCUGGAACAAGCUAUUAAGAAUGCUCAUGAGUGUUACGAUGAUGAGAUACAGCUUUACAACGAGCAGAUCGAAAGCUUGCGGAAAGAGAUGGAGGAGGCUGAGCGGUCCCUGGAGAGGUCUUCCUACGACUGCCGGCAGCUGGCUGUGGCCCAGCAGACCCUGAGGAAUGAGCUGGAGCGGUACCAUCGGAUCAUCGAGAUCGAAGGCAACCGGCUGAGCUCUGCCUUUGAGACUCCCAUCUCGCUGUUCACUCCGAGCCAUGGGGCUUCCCUCAGCAUUGGAUCCAGUGGAAAAGAUUUCACCAGAGCUGUGCAGGAUAUCACAGCAGCUAAACCCAGACAAAAAGGCCUCCCCAAGAACCUUCCCAAAAGAAAGGAGAUCAUAGCUCAAGACAAAGCCGAAGAGACUCUGGAAGAUGUGCCAUUAACAAGUCUGCAGGACCCAAAGCCAGCUCAGGUGGGACUUUCAGAGGAAGGUGACUCUCAGCUGGGACCAGGAGGUGAAGAAGAGGCAAGCCCUCCAACGCAAGAAGGGGGUCCUGAGGAUGUGCCAGAUGGGGGGCAGAUAAGCAAAGCCUUCGGGAAGCUGUGCAAAAUGGUCAAGGACAGAGUAAGAGGCCCUACCGAGCCUGUGCCCGAGCCACCCACUGACCUCUACACCAAAGGACGGCAUGUGCUGGUCACAGGGGAUGCCAGUUUUGUGGACCCUGGGUUCUACGCAUCUUCCAUCCCAGCUAGAGGUGGGGUGGUUAUUUCCAUUGAAGAAGAUUCUCUGCAUCGUGAUGGCCACGUGGAACCUUCUCCUGAGCAGCCUACACCCCCGCCUGUGGAAGAGAAUGAACAGGGUGGUCCCCAGGGCAGGGAAGUUGGACCAUCAAACCACCAUCAAGCUACAGAUAAGGAGAAUGGGAUAAAUGCCAAAGAACCAAAAGGUCCUGAGGGAAAAGACAAUGGGCAGAAGGAAGGUGAGGGGUCCGAAAGACCCUGUCCUGUGAUUAUACCUGGUCCCGAGGAACCGUCUGCACCCUCUUCACAGAGGCCCGGUGACAAUCAGGAUGGAUCAGAGGGGCCUGGGUAUAAGAGCAGUAACAUGCUGGCAAAAAUCCCUCCCAAGGCUUUGGCUUUCAAGAAGGUGGAGGUGGUGGAGUCCAUUGAGAAGAUUUCAACAGAGAGCAUUCAGACAUAUGAAGAAACCUCUGUAAUCGUGGAGACCACAAUUGGGAAGACGAAGGCCAACAAGAAAUUGGUGGAGAAGGGCACCUAAGACAUGAAGUGUAAUGGGAGAAAAGUGUCUGGGGCCAUGGGUGGGGGUGUUGGGCUUGCUUUGCGAUGUUAGAACAAAUGAUCAAAGAGUGAGGGUUCCUGUUUGGAUUAGCUUGUAGCUGACCUGGGUCGGCGAGCUUCAUUAAAGUGCUUUCUUUGCUUGCA